AGAAGCUGGGCCAGGAAGAUGAUGACCAUCGCGGUUCUCCUCCUUUCCCUUCUCGCGCAGACAAGCAGCUGGGCAGAGAAUGCAGAAGAGCGGCUGGUGAACUACCUAUUGGGUCCAGAACGCUACAACAAACUGAUCAGACCUGCAGUCAAUAAGACCCAGCAGGUCACCAUCUCCAUACAGGUGUCUCUUUCUCAGCUCAUCAGUGUGAAUGAAAGAGAACAGAUAAUGACGACCAACGUAUGGCUGUGUCAGGAGUGGAAUGACUACAGGUUGAGAUGGGACCCUGACAAGUAUGGUGGUAUCAAGAAGCUAAGAAUACCAUCCAAACACAUCUGGCUACCUGAUAUAGUGCUCUACAACAAUGCUGAUGGCGUAUAUGAGGUUUCCUUCUAUUGCAAUGCUGUGGUCUCCAACACUGGAGACAUCUUCUGGCUUCCACCAGCCAUCUACAAGUCAGCCUGUGCCAUUGAGGUGCAGUACUUCCCAUUUGACGAACAGAAUUGCACUCUCAAGUUCCGCUCUUGGACCUAUGACCACACAGAAGUGGAUCUAGUUCUCACAAGUGACUUUGCCAGCCGUGAUGACUUCACUCCAAGUGGCGAGUGGGACAUUGUCUCACUCCCAGCACGCAAAAAUGAAGACCCAAGUGACAUCACCUACCUGGACAUAACCUAUGAUUUUGUAAUCCAGAGGAAACCGCUAUUCUACACCCUUAACAUGAUCAUACCAUGUGUGCUCAUCACUUCCCUGGCUAUCCUUGUGUUCUACCUGCCAUCAGAUUGCAGGGAGAGGAUGACGCUGUGUGUAUCAGUGCUGCUUGCACUAACUGUGUUCUUGCUGCUGAUAUCGAAGAUAGUGCCACCUACCUCCUUUGCAGUACCACUAAUAGGUAAAUACUUGAUGUUCACCAUGGUGCUGGUUACUUUCUCGAUUGUGACCGCAGUCUGUGUCCUCAAUGUGUACCAUCGCUCCCCAUCCACCCAUCACAUGCCAAACUGGGUUAAACAGCUUUUCUUAGUCCGCCUGCCCGCAUGUCUCCUCAUGAGGCGUCCAGGCUCUCUCAAUGCCCACUGUAAAGAUGACCAGAGGUCUGCCAAGAGAAACAAUCCCCGGAGUGGCACAGAGAAGAAGCAGCACCCCAACAUCAGACUCAGUGGGAUCCCAACAGACACCAACUCUUUCUAUGUGAAUGAAGACGUGGCACACAGUUAUUGCCGGAAGGUUGGUGACACCAAACCAGACUCCCAGAAGCAUACGGCAGUCCAGGGGGAUGCAGAUCUGGAGGAAGCUGUGGAUGGAGUCAGAUACAUUGCCAAACACAUGAAGACAGAGGAAGAUAAUGAAGGGAUUAUAGAAGACUGGAAGUUUGUUGCUAUGGUGAUUGACCGCCUGUUCCUGUGGAUCUUCAUCCUGGUCUCUGUGGUGGGAACUCUGGGGCUCUUCUUGCAGCCCCUGUUCCAGAGCUAUAACACACCUGCUGCUGACGACACAGAGUACAGAGACUUUUAGGACCUCUGAUGAAGAUGAAAAUAGUCGAAUUAAUUUCAAUUACAGAAACUUUGCAAUUGUAACCAGCCUGGUCAAUAAAGCCAGCUACAGUAUAGUUUUAGUAUUGGUGGGCAUUGAACACAUAAAAAAUAAUACUGGAAUGCUUUGUCUUACUGCAUGCUUUCUAUUUUUCAUGGACUAGACCUCAAAUACAAGCUUUAGGUGUGUCCACUGCCGCCGUUUUUUGUGACUCUCAAUGUGACUCUACUUUUUCAGCUGUAAAUGCUGAUGAGAAGUGGUCUGAAAUUGAGGUCAUGGGCGCUUAGAGCGAAAAAAAUGGCGGCAGUGGACACAGCACCUAAAGUCAUCCAAGGCAUGGCAAAUUUGAUAAAAGUUUUAUGAUUUCUGACCUGAAUUUGGAAUUCUCAGGUAACUCAAUGCCUACCAUAACACAUCGCACAAGGCAGUUGAACUCAAUUUCUUUCUAGUGUUAAACUUUCCAAAUCUAAGGAAUAUCCACUAACCAUAAAGCGUAUGAUCCAAUCCAGGCCAUUUCUUGUCUUUGUAAAGUUUUGGCUUACUGCUGCUGGGACACAAAUCUUUACAUACUGAAGUGCAAUGAAGAAACAAGCCUUUAAAAUUGUAUAUAUGGCAUUUUAAGACAUCAUCGAAUGGUACCAGUACAGGUUGGUACUUUUUAUUGGCAAAAUUUCUGCUUUAUAAACAGAAAACACAGACCACUAGGUAAUUUUACUUUGGAAUAUUUUGAAGUAUCAUCUCUCUUACUCUGCCCUCGUUAAUGCUUCACUUUUGGAAAUCAUCUCUACCACACACUCGUGUUUAAGUUUGUAUUCCUUUUUAUUUUGGAUAUUUUGGAUUCUGGAUAUUCUCCUCUUGGUUGCCUUUUCUGUAUUUAUUUUAUUGUCUUAGUAUUCUCUUAUGUGAUUUUCUAAAUGUGCCAUUUCAUAUUUCACUUGUAGUAGAACCAGGUUACACACAGAAACUGUAUUAUUUUACAUGUUCAAA